AUGACAGGAACGGAUAUGGCCGAUGCGCUGCAAAUCUUCUUCGUCCCCUACAUCAUAUCCGACGUCCCAAGCAAUGUCCUUCUCAAGCGAUUCGCUCCCUCAACGUGGAUCAGCAUGUUGACUUUCUUCUGGGUUAGGUCCUGCUGUAUUGCAUGCAUGUGUCAAGGGGUUGUCAACAACACAUCGGGUCUGUUUGCAUGCCGUUUCUUUAUGGGUCUUUGCGAAGGAGGGUUCGUUCCAGGCUGUGCAUAUCUCUUGUCCAUGUAUUAUAAACGGCAUGAAUUCCAAAAACGAUUCUCCCUCUUAUGGGCUGCCGGCCUCGUGGCUGGUGCUUUUGGCGGUCUUUUAGCUUACGCUCUUUAUCAUAUGCAUAACUUGGGCGGAGACUCAGGAUGGCGCUGGGUCUUCAUCAUUGGGGGACUUGCUGUCAAUUACUGGCCUGAAAAAGCGAAGUUCCUGAGUAGUGAAGAGAAAGAAGUUUUGGAAGAACUCAACGCUUGCGAUGUCGGCGAAGGAGCAAGAAUGGACCGACUCGAUGGUGCUACGUGGAGACGAAUCAUAUCUGAUUGGGAGGCCUAUUAUCUGGGUAUCACUGUUUCCGGGUACGCAACAGCCCUAUUCGUGCCCUCCAUUGUGAAUUCGCUGGGCUAUAGUGAUAUCGAGAGUCAAGCCCAUAGCAUCCCAAUCUGGGCCGUUGCUGCGGUUGUCAUGAUGAUGGAUGGUAUCUUUCCUUACAGAUCGCUGGCGAUAUCGCUACGGCUAUGUUAUAUUCGGUGUCGUCUUUGCGAGCAUUGGAUAUAUCAUAUUAUUGUGCCAGGCCUUCUAUCUCGAGGGUUGAAUGUGCAUGUCCGCUACAUGGCAGUGUUCUUCGUGACCACUGGAUACUAUAUUGCUCAACCCCGUUGCGAUCCGAACAACCUCAGUGGGAAUUAUAAGCGCGCUGUUGGUCUUGCUAUUCAGGUUGGAUUCGGGAACAUUGGCGGCAUUAUAGCGAGCAACAUCUUCAACAGGGACGACGCCCCUCUGUACACUGUUGGUUAUGGGGUCUCAUUAGCGAUGAUAAUUACAAUUUUCGCCGCCGGCCUGUUGAUCGAGAAUAAAAAGAGGUACCAGGGAAAGCGUGAUGAUAGAUUGCAGCUGGAUGAAGACGUAUUGAAUGGUUUGGGUGAUGAUGAUCCUCGAUUCCGGUUCAGCCUGUGA